GACGUUCCUUUCGACAGUCAGACGGAUUUGCAUUAUUUGGAUACAGACAGUGAAGCAGAGUGGGAAUACUCAUCAAUACCCAGAAUCCAAUAACAAACAUGAGAGGUGUUAUACUCUUUGCGAUUUUAGUAAUUGCACAUGCUCACAGCAGUAUUGCGGCCCUGGUCAUAAAGGGACCAGACAAGCCUGUUCUGGAGAACGAUGAAGUCACCCUGGAAUGUCUGCUUUCUGACUCGGAGCUCAACACCAGCCAAGUCCACUUUGAGAAGUUUUCCAAGUACAUGAAUAAGUGGUAUCGGCUGGAGGAGGAGCACAUGUACCGCCGAUGUAUCCCCAGUGUUAUCUUGAGGCGUGAGGCGAGCCAACUGCUUCUGUCCAUCCGCAGCAUCCACAGCUACUUCCACCAGGGACUCUACCGCUGUGUCGCAGACAACGCCACGGCAACCGACAACUCCUCCCAGCCCCUGGCUAUCACCAUCAACUACAUGCGUGAGCUGUCUGUGUACGAUGUGUCCUCCUCCAGACGGAAGUUCAUCAAGGAAAACCUGCUUGUGACACUAGGCGAAGACGUAGAGGUGGAGUGCUCCACCACAGCCUCUGAGGCACCACAAUACUUCUGGCAGAAAUAUGGAGAUGACUGGAUCGUGCCCUCCUCCAAGCUGAGGCUGAAGAAUGUGAGGAUGGAGGAUGGUGGAGACUACACCUGCAUGGCUGAGCAUCCCACCCUGUCCAGCCUGAAGAAGAGCAGCACCAUCUCCAUCACUGUGCUGACAGCCACCAACGGCCGUCUCAACCAAGCCUGGUACGACUCCACCAACCUGGUGUUGAUGACCUCCGUGGCGGGGGCGGUUCUCCUUUUGCUCAUCCUGUCUAUCACCUGCUUCCUGGUCCGCAGGGCCAAGCAGGCCAAGAGCACCAAGGGACCCAUUGAUGACCACUCUCAGAAGAAGCCCAUCUACACAGCCAGUGUGGAGUCUCUGGCCUCUACCAGUGGAGACAAACAACCACUGGUGUGACCGUGCCAAGAGAUGGAGAGGAGAAGUAGGGGAACAAAUGGAGAAAGAUGGUAAAGGGGGCAAGGGAGUGAGGAAUAGGAAGGAGGGAAGAUGUCGAGGUGGGAGGAGAGGUGCCUGGGUUAUGGAUGCAGAGUUGCAGUGAGCCAGGAUGCAGAGUAAAAUCGAAGCUAUUAUCAAAGGCUGGCUGCGUGUAAGAGAAGGGAGACAAAUGAUUGUUUUACUGGGGUGGUUUGCUUCCAGCGGGGUUGGCUGAAGUGUUCUUGAACAAAAGGUGUGCAAUUUUCUCUUUAUUGAUCUCGCAACCUGCAAAAUUGACAUUCACUUUCUUAUCUGAGGCAAGGCGAGGGGGAGGAGUCUUUUGUACUGUGUGAACCCUGAGCAGCUGCAGACCGGUUUCAGGAGGUUACCUUGAGAUAAACUGCUCACCACCACCACCACUUUUGCAGCCUUGGGCUCACAAAAAGGAAUGUCUCUUACGUUGCAAAUAUAAUGUGACUGCUGUAUCACAAAUGUGCCUUUUCCCCUCAAUACUUUUACGUGGCGUAGAAUAUUGGUGUGGAUUUUUUUUCUCAAGGAAAUGUAUCACCUUAUGUAGCAUACUCGUAGUGAUGCACUUCAAAGUAUACAGACAAGAUGUAGACUUGUAGAUUAUUUUCUAUCUCUAUAUUCCAAUGACAACUCAAGCACUUUCAAACAUUACCCUCAGAGCUAUCUAUUUGCUGUAUUUCCUGUACUUAUAAUAGUCAUGAUAUAAAGUUCCUUUGAGACAUUCUAAUAGUAAUUCCCCAGUGUCUUUUAUCAUUGAUUUAAAUGUAGGACAUAUCGAGAGCGAGAGGAGUAUUGACAAUGCUGUGAAAGCUGGAUGCUGGUACAAGCUUGAACACAUACAGUAAAUCCAAUGGCCUCUUGACCUCUUAUCCUCUCUGUAACCUCAGUUCCCUCCACUCCUGAUCCAUUCUGCAAGGCCUUCCUCUACUGCUGACCUUUACUGCACCUCACACACGCCAUCUAACCACGGAGAGAGAGCCUACGUACGAUAUGCCCAGUCAAUAACAGAAGACCGACAGACAACCUUGAGGCAUCUACCCAUUGUUUUAAGUGAGGCUAUGUAUGUGGUUACACAUGGUUCAUUCCCCACUGCAUCCUACAGCACCAUUAAUAACUCUCCCUCUCCCAGCCAGGCUACAACUUCAUUCUUUCAUUUUCUCCUCUGUUGCCUUUCGAACCUUAACGUAUUUGCUUCACCGCUUAUCACUAUAACGGCUCUUCUCAUAACUAUUUAUUUCAUUACACCUGGACUGUCUGUUGAUGUUUUACUAUGUGUGCCUGGUUGAAGGUAGGCUGCCGUUAAUAACAGGAAGGAGAUGCUGUGGUUUAAUGAUGACACUCUGUUAAAGGGUACCGUCCACGCGCUACAGAGCACAGCGAGGAUAAUGUUAUUAAACUGAUUAUUCAAGUCUUCACAGCAGCUCCUUCUCCAGCCACCGUCUGGCUUGUUACAGGCCAUUUGUGUGUCCUAGCUGCUAGGUGUAAAGGCUGAGGUCAAAACUGUGGAGCCAAAAGUCCAUAAAACAGUCAUGCUUCAUCAAAAUACCAUUUGGAAAUUUGAAGCGCUCUUCAUUUGAAAUGCCAGUGAACAGCGUUUUAUUUUGGCCUUUGAGGCAUUUAUGGGUAAAAAGCAUCCGCCUUCAUGGAUGUUGCUGGUUCAACAGGAUGGCCAAGGACUACUAGACGACAGUGAGGUCAGUCGCAUGAGGGCUUUCUGCCUCCAUGGUUGUGUUUGGAUAGCUCUGGCCCCUAGGCACUGACCUAGAAUCAGAUUUCCCUUCUAAUGUCACCAGGUAAAGUUGAGGGCUGCCCUUAGACACUGGCAUAUGGUCUGGCUUCUGACCUCAUGUCAGUAGCUAAAGGUCAUAGGAUUGGAGUAGGCUUACAAAAAGAUGACCAGCUACACUUUUACCUUACAUAUCAUAUUGGAAUAAUUGUUAGGAUUCAUUAUUAUUAUCCUGCACCAAGUAUUUAUCAUUGCUGAUUCUGUUUCCGAAGAAUAUCCAUUCACAAUAUAGUGAUAAGUAUACCCAUAACCACACACAUUGGUUAUUACAUUAAGUCUAUAGUUGGGUGACUAGCUGAUGCUACUUGACCUGCAGUCAAUGAUAAACUAUGCUGUGAACUGGAGUGCAACAUGUUUCAGCAAGACAGCAGUAUACCUGUCUACAGAAGCCUGUCUCAGUGGACAUCUCCAUUGGAAUGAGAAUGACUAGAGCAUGUAUAGUUCUCUUGAAUAAUAUAGCAACUAGGGCCCGCUCAAAGACAUUUUUAGAACAUGUGGUCUCUAUUCUGUUGAAUUGCUAUAGACUGUCACAUUCGUGCAUGUCACUUGGUUUUGUAUGUUUCCUUGUAUAUAAAAACAUGUAUGGACUGAAAUAAAAUAUAGGUUUUCUCUGGA